AUGCAGCAACCAUUGGACUCGAACACGUCUGCGAAUCGCUCCAUCUCGCCGCACAAUUCCUCGACGCCGCUGAUCUCGGAGCGCCAACGACAGGACUUGCGACAGGCGGGGAAUACUACUGCCGCUGCGUCUUCUUCUUCUCCUGCUGCUGCGACGACGACGACGACGACGACCGACGAGAAGGAUCCUAAGAAGAAGAGAUUGCCGCUGUUUGGUUUGGGCAAGAAGAAAGAGGAGAAGCAACAAUCAUCAUCAGCCAUGGACGCGCCAGCUGCAGCGCCGCCCACACAGCCCGGUGCUGUCGCCUCGGCGCAGAAACAAUCGCAAUUGCAACAGCAACAACAGCCUGACCUCAAGCCCACCGCGCAGCCUGUUCCUGUAUCACCCUCGCGCCUCCCGUAUCAGCCUGCCGUCGCGGCGUCGCCGUCACGGUUACGAUCAGCUUCGCCUAGGCUACACAGCCCGGCUUCGUCCGAGAUCUUUGAACGCAAUGUCCAGGAACCUGUGCCGAUUAGCACUCUGGGGAAUGAAUUGAGUCCCGCGCAUAUCCCUUCGCAUGUCAUCACCGAGGACUCGAUCCCGCCGGCAUUGGAGGCUUCGGCGCAGGCGAUCACGAGCGAGUCAUUGAACCCCGAUGAGGUCGAGAUUGUGACCUCUUCUUCGCAUCAGCCUGCUGCGACGGUGUUGGAGCCUUCGGCCAGUCAUGCGGAUUUGACGUCGCUGAAUUCGCCGCCGGCGCUUUUGCAGCAGAAGUCUGAGGAGAGCGAAAUGGCGUCGAGUCUCAAUUUACAUCAGGCUGCGCUUGCGCCUGGCGCGGAGGACGACAGUGCGAGCAACUAUGGCCAGCUGGAUCCUAACGAUGUGCGGAGAUUGAGUUUCAUCUCGUUCAAGGACAUCGUCCACAGCGAACACCAACAAAUGGCCGCGUCAUCGCUGGGGGAAGUUGGAAGCAGAGAUAGCCUCCACAUCGCCAACCUUCCCUCAACAGCCGGUCUUCCAGAACGUGCGGCAUCACCCCUACGCUCACCACGCUCGCCAAACUCAACGCACAGUCACACCCUAAGCAGCGGUCUCUCCACGCCACCACCCGGUGCCGGAAUCAAUCACCCUCUGAGUUCAACACAUGCCGACCAGUCACCCGUCCGGAGCAUCGGCAUUGGAAGCACUUCCAGCUCACAACACGGCGAGCUGACGAUUGAGACGAUGCGUCAAGCCCUCCGCAAGACUGCCAGUGGCGAUCUCUCCAGUGGAAGGAGCGCGGGGAUGAGUCCUGUCAGCGAUGAGAAUUCGGUUCGCAAUGAGCCGAGGAGUCGGACGAAUACUUGA